GGGCGCAAUCACGCGUACAGUAAAGGUACACAAGAGCACAUCGAACGGAAGUUUGAACAGGAAUAAAUCCACAAAUUGGACGAAAAGGUUCUCUAUAGUAACAGCUGUUCCAGCGAGUGAGUGGCGUGCCGCUGAGUCAGCCGGGCUGGCUGUGAUAGGCCCACCGGACGUGACAGCGUUUACUCACGUUCCGGUCUAGUCCCGACAUGUCCUGGAGGCUGUAUAAGAGGCAGCGGCUGCCUCCGCCUCAACUCUCGCACUCGCCACUUUAACUCUUUGCACUUGCACACGUGGACUACUGAACGAUACUCCGAUUAUCAUCGCCAUGUCAACCGAGAAGAUCGACAACAUGGACACCAGCCACGACAACAAAGUGGUGCGGCCCAAGUUGGAGUUGUCCACUUUGCUCAAGCUGGCGGGCGCCACCAAAGAUGUGCUGACCUUUAAGGAGGUCUUGUUCUACCUGGGCCAGUACAUCAUCCAGAAGCAGCUCUACGACAAAAAGCAGCAACACAUUGUGCACUGCGCGCAAGACGCGCUGGGCCGCAUCCUCGGAGUCGACAGGUUCUCCGUCAAGGAACCUCGGCUUUUUUUUGCCAUGCUUGCCAAGAACUUGGUGAUCGUGAGGAGCCAAGAAGCGACACAAAGCUCCGGCGAAGCUGCGAGCGGGAGCCAGACGCCGCAGCAACAACCCACACAGGAAAAUGCGGUAGGAAGCUCGUCAUCUCCCAGCAUGCGCCGCCACCGGCGAAGGCGCAACAGGAGCUCCAGGAGCAACGACGCAGGUCCCUCCCACGUGUUGCCGGGUGAGGAAAAAGACGCCGCCGGGUCGGACGAGGACGACGGGGAGGGCUCAAAGAGGAGCCGCUCGGACAGCUACUCGCUAACCUUUGAUGACAGCCUGUCCUGGUGUGUGAUCGGCGGACUGGGAAGCGGGCGCAACAGACACAACAGCCAGUCCCCAGAGAGCACCUCUGCCUCGCCGGAUUCCGCGGCCGCGGCCGCCGACUCGGACGGCGACAACUUCAGCGUGGAAUUUGAAGUGGAGUCUAUCGACUCGGACGAUUACGAUGAGGACGACGCCUCUUUGUCCACUGACGAUCAGCAGGUGUACGAGUUCACCGUAUUGGAGAACGCCGCCGACGACGACUCGUUUGACGAAGACACGGAGAUCACCGAAGCCGACUACUGGCGCUGCAACGGCUGCGACGAGUUGAACCCACCUCUCCCGAGGAACUGCCUGCGCUGCUGGAGUCUGCGCCAGGAUUGGCUGUGCGCCUCGGCCACCCGCCCGGCCACGUGCGCCCACGCUCCGGGUUCCGACGCCGAAGACGGCGUGGACGUUCCGGACGGCAAAACGGUCAAAGUCUCGUCGGCUCCCGAAUGGCAGGAGGCGAUGUCACGACCGUCCUCGUCCUGCAGCUUGUCCUCGCCGGAGAAGUCGUGGACGUGUGAUUCGCAGCCUUCGUCAAGCACCAACUCCCAGGAGACGGUGGGCAGCUCCCAGGAGAUGGCUGCGGGCGGGCCUGAGCUGGAGCGCACCGUGUCGGCCGACAUGCGGCUGCCCGACUCGUGCCUGGAGCCGUGCCUCAUCUGCCAGUCGCGGCCCAAGAACGGCUGCAUCGUCCACGGCAAGACGGGCCACCUGAUGUCGUGCUACGUGUGCGCGCGCAAGCUGAAGAAGCGCAACAAGCUGUGUCCCGUGUGCCGCCUGCCCAUCCAGGCCGUGGUCCUCACCUACCUCAGCUGAGGUGGCUCCUGGCCUUCCAGUUUGGUUGACCCACGUGGCGUGUUUGUUCAGCUGAGGUGGCUCCUGGCCUUCCAGUUUGGUUGACCCGCGUGGCGUGUUUGUUCGUCUACCUCAGUUGAGAUGUGCCGCCCGCCGGUCGCGUUCUCCUCGUUCGUUUGUUCGUCUCCACCGUCCAGCGGUCAGAAUGUUUCGGACUCUGUUGAGUUCCAGUGCAAUCAGAGUCAGCAAGUUUGAACAAAUGUUGUGUGUACCGAAAGCUCGGUAUAAUUUCACAAUAGCUCUCCUUUGUUAUUUAUUUCGGCACACGCACACUUUGAAUCGAGUUGAGUUGUUUGAACAACUCUUGCUGUUUAAAUAAGAUUGAAAGAUUUCUAACUUUAUUUUCUAACUUUAUUUGCAGUUGUUAUAAAGGUUUUGUUCACAUUC